CAAUAGUUCUGGUGACUCGAUUAAACGGUCACUUGUCUAGUGUAAAUUUUGUACUUAGUUUGGCCCCUCAAUGGAUUAUUAGCAAUUAUUAAUGAUAAUUUUGAGCGCUUGGUACGGGAUUAUUGAUUGUACGCGUUUGGAGAAGUACUUUUCGCUACUAUGAUUUAGAUAUUCUACGCUUUAAUUGGUGAAUGAAAUAGGUAGGAGAUGAUAAAUAUGAGUUCCUGUUCUGCGGUUUCUGCAGUUCGGUAUAUAUAUUUAACACAAUGGAGAAGGAAAAAGUGUUACUUUGGCGGGAAGCUGCAUUCAAAGAUGAAGUCAAAAUUCUUGAGAUAGGAUUUCAAGGGGCGUGGAAGGGAAGAUGCUAAUUCUCAGAGAGGGAACCCAAUUUUUGUGAGUCUUCCUAAUACCCACGAUGUCUAGCUAAAGCUUUUAUUAUCUAUUUUGUCAAAAGUGUCUGUGAGAAGCAAACUUAUAAUCCGUAGGGGUUUCGUUAUCGCAGCUUCUUUUAUACAGAAGAACACGUUGUUUCCGCCGUAAUUUUUGUGGAAUGUAUUGUAGUAUUGGGGUUGGAUCUGAGUGCUCAAACAUAAGAAAGCUUGUCUGGGCUAAUAGGAAUAUUAUUAGUACAUUGGGCUUGCAACAACUCUUGCAAAUAUGUGCAAAAGAGAAGUCACUUAUCUUAGGUAAGAGCUCCCAUGCAUUAGCUAUCCAUGCCGGUUUGCUUACGGAUACUCUUACAUGCAACAUUCUCAUCAACCUGUAUUCAAAAUGUGGUCAAAUCGACCCUGCUCGUCGCGUGUUUGAUAGAAUGCCCGGGAGAAGUAUAGUUUCGUGGAAUACCAUGAUUGGUGGAUAUACCCAAUACGGAAAAGAUAUUGAGGCAUUAAGGCUUUUCCUGAGGAUGCACCAGGAAGGGACUCCGAUGAGUGAAUUCACUCUCUCGAGCAUUUUAUGUGCGUGCGCUGCGAAAUUCGCUAUUACUGAGUGCAAACAGUUGCAUGCUUUGGCUCUUAAAUCUGCGAUGGAUUCCAAUGUAUUUGUUGGAACUGCAAUCCUCGAUGUAUAUGCAAAAUGCAAUAUGAUUAAUCAUGCAUGCCAGAUGUUUGAUGAAAUGCCUGAAAGAUCUUCAGUCACAUGGAGUUCGAUGAUCGCAGGGUACGUGCAAAAUGAUCUUCAUGAAGAGGCAUUGAAAUUAUUCAGAAGAGCUCAGAAGAUGGGGACGGAAUUGACGCAAUUUUCUCUCUCUGCCACUGUUAGUGCUUGCGCGAGUCUGGCGGCGACAAUUGAAGGAACCCAGUUGCAUGCCAUUGUAAUGAAAGCUGGUUUUGAUUCAAAUAUUUUUGUAAUCACAUCACUUCUCGAUGUCUACUCCAGGUGUGGACAGAUAGAAAAAGCUUAUUUAGUAUUUACUGAUAUUAAGGAAAAGAAUGUUGUAUUAUGGAACGCAAUGGUCGCAGGGUUUUCUAGGCAUGCUCACGUAUGGGAAUGUAUGAUUCUUUUUGAGAAAAUGCAGCAAAAUGCUAUGCACCCAAAUGAGGUUACUUACAUCUCUGUGUUAUCUGCAUUCAGCCAUACAGGGUUAGUUGAAAAGGGUCGUCACUAUUUUCGCUUAUUAAUGAAUGAUAAAAAUGUCCAGCCUAAUGUCCUUCACUAUUCUUGCAUCGUCGAUGUUCUGGGCAGGGCUGGGCAUGUUAAUGAGGCUUGGGAAUUAAUGGCAAAAAUGCCAUUUGAGGCAACUGCCUCUAUGUGGGGUUCUCUGCUUGGGUCAUGCAGAAUACAUGGCAAUCCUGAAUUGGCAAAGAUCGCAGCUGGCCAUCUUUUCCAGCUUGAGCCAUAUAAUGCAGCAAACCUUGUUUUGCUCUCAAAUAUAUAUGCUGCGAGUGCAAACUGGGGUGAAGUCAUAAUGGCAAGGAAGAUUUUAAAAGGAAGUGGCGCGAAGAAAGAAACAGGAAAAAGUUGGAUAGAAGUGAAAGGUAAAGUUCACAUUUUUGUUGUUGGAGAGAGAGAGCACUGCAAAAUCAGUGAUAUAUAUGCGAAAAUGGAGGAUCUAAUCAACGAGAUGACAGAGUUGGGUUAUAGAACUGACACUCGGUGUGAUCUGCAUGAUGUGAAGGAGGACGAAAAAGGGGAGCUGUUGAAGCACCAUAGUGAGAAGUUGGCACUUGCUUUUGGUCUGAUGAGCUUGCCUUGUAAGAUACCAAUUAGAAUAAACAAGAACCUUAGAGUGUGUGGGGACUGCCAUUCGUUUAUGAAGUUGGCUUCAAGGAUCACAGGGCGGGAAAUUAUUGUUAGGGAUCUCAAUCGUUUUCACCACUUCAGUGGUGGAUCAUGUUCUUGCAGGGAUUUCUGGUGAUCGUGAAACUUGGAUAGCAAAAACAUUUCACCUUCUCCUAAUGCAAUCAUGUCAUCAAUACUUGCAGAUUAUUGUACCCUUGAAAAUCAUGUGGAAAUGACAAUUCUUCCACCUUCUUUCGGUCAAAUCUUUAUAAUUGACCUAAUCAAUCAUGUGGUGUAGUCUUUUCUUGCUGGCCCCCUAGAUAGUGAGAGACUAUCAGUGGGACCAUAUCAUGGAAAAUGGAAAUGGGGAGGUGGAUCAGAUCCUAAAUUAUCUGAACAGGCUUGAUCCUCCUGAAGACUGGAAAUUUGUAGAACACUUUGCUCGUAUGAUGGUUAUACUUCCAAGUUGGUUUUGCCCCCAAAAUGUUUUGCAUAAACAGGUGGGAAAUUGGCAGUGAUACUGACCGGCUAACAUUUACUAUGGACAGAGCAAUUGCAUUUGAGUGGUUUUUUGCCUAACACUGAAACAGGUGGUUUCUGGAAGUUUCUACUUUCUGGACAAGAGAAGUGCUUGCAGAACCCAAGUCCAUUACGUGGCUCAUUGGAACAUGAGAACCAUAUAGACCUGUCCAUAUCUGGAGUUAUUGGCACCUUCCCGUUUCAUGCAGCUUAAUGUGUUGGCCUGCAUGUUCUGCCAAUAGAUCUGUUUCUCAAAGAAAGGAAGCGCUACAAAUUGGAAAAGCUGUAGGUGAGGGAAUACUUUCUAGAGACUCAGGAAGGUGGGGAAUAAUUCAUUGGAGCUGUUCUCAAAGAAAAAAGAUGACUUUUUAAUCAGUUCAUCCAUUUUGAGUGGACCAUAUCUUGCCGGUAAGUUUGAUGAAUGACUUCUCAUCAGAUAGAAAGUAUUGCUAUAGGUCCCAGUGGAUUCCUUUCAACGGCAAUUGGUCGGUGUAUCAUAUGGUGCACAUCUUUAUCUUUAGUUGCAGCUCUAUCAUUCUACGAUCCCCUUGGAACUGUUUUCUUUACCGAUGAGUCAUUGUCAUAAAUAAGUGCUGGCCCCCUUCACUCCAGGUCUGUCUCUGGAAUUUCUAUAUACUAUGUAUAUUCUGGUUAAUCUUUUUUUUUCUUUUUCUUCACAAAAGUGAGUAAGCGAGCAUCAUAGAAACGUCAGUGUAUCGAUGCAUUGGACAUUAUCCUAAUUGAUCAUGAUUAGCCUUUCUAAGACUUAAGCUUUCAUGCGUCACUCUGUUUAGUUCUAUGCUAAGUUUGAUUAAGCUGUGAAAAGAGCCCUGCACAUGGCGUUUUCGUUUUUAGCAGACAAGCUAUCUUUCUGCCGAUCUGGUCAUUAACCAUCCUGCAAAUUUAAUGAUCUUUCCACUGCUCCCAUAACUCUCAUACAUAUCAACUUCACCUGCAUUCUUUUUCUCUCUCAGCUACUUGUACUUCACCGAAUUAGUGUACAAAGAGCACAGGGGCAAUCCACAAGGUUUAGUGCUUAUAUCUGGGGAUUUGCAACCAAUCACUGUGCUUUAAAUACCAGAUUAGGUGGCCUCAUGUUGUCCUGUGAAGUCCUUACUCAAGCUUCCUCGGUUGUCUCUUCAUUAUGGGGCCUGACAUUGUCCCUAUUAAUUAGUCUCUUUCACUUUACAGCUAUCAGGGUGUGACAAUUAGUUGAUUCUAAGCGACUAACUCAAUUAGCCAUGCUCUUCUCAUGCUUCUGUCACUUCAACACUAAUAAAUUGGUACUAGUCGUAUUCUAAAGUAUUAGCCCCAAGGCUAAUAAACACAAAACAAUGGGAUAAAUGGGAUAUAGCCCGUACAGGGAGACAUCUAAACCUUUAGCUCUAAGCAAAUGGGAAUCUAGCUUAUCAUGCUUAAGCUUGAUCAUUCUUUAUGUCUGAACUUUGUCUCUGAAACCACCGGCCUACUAAGUUUUCUAAUACCCUAUUAGUUUUGAGAACCCACAAACUGAACAAGAUUAUAAAAUUUCUUUUAAAUCUGAGAGGAACAAAUGGGAGGAAAACAACCAUAUAUCUGUAUCCUCGCAAAACACUAAAAAAGUGGUGGUUGUUGUCUGUUUCCCUAUUUUCUUGUUCCUCUUUAUUCUCAUCCUUACAUCUUCUAAACCGAUGAUGAUUUUUAUUCGUGUGUAUAUAUAUAUAUAUAUAUAUAUAUAUAUAUAUAUAUAUAUAGUUGAUGAUUCAGUUGAAUGCGUAUAACAAAAUGAUUUAUUUUUUUGUUUCACAUAAUCCAUAUCAUGUGUCAGAUCCCAACAUUGUAGAGUUCAGUUAAUUAAUAGCUCUUAUGUUUGCUAUAAUUGACUCAUCAACUAUAUCUUAAAUAUAUCUAGCAGUAUCAAAUAAAUCUAUUUACUUUAACACUAAUUUACUUUACAAUCUGACCAUAUACUUAGUGUAGUCGGCUAAAAUUUAAUGAUUGGUAUUUAAAUUUUUAAGUUGGAAGUUUAUUUAUUUAUUUAUUUUUUUUUGUUGUUCUUGUCUGGUGAGCAGAACAUCCGAAAGAAGCAAGAAAAAGAAGCGGAAGAAAAGUAAAAGAAAGCAAGCGGAGAAACGGAGAAAAUGGCAUCAAGGUUCCUUCUUUGUUGCUACAAAAGAUUAGUAGCUUACAGGAGGUGGGUGGGACCACCUAUCUUGCACAGAGAGAGUUUUGUGGGGGACCCACCCCCACGUAUCACAUCGUUAUCAAAUCUGAUGUUUCCUGAGACCUCACCACCUCCCCCGCGAUCCCAUCCAUCACAAGCAAACCGCCCAUUCAUUCCUUCGGGCCGGGCCCGCCGUACACCGCAAAAUUUUUCCAGAGAAAAGAAGAAAAAUAAGAAAACUAACAAAUAACAGCAGCAACACGAGCAGGAACAAGCGCUCCUAAAAGAAGUUUCACCUGGGUGGCUCUUCAUAGUCUGAGAUUUGGAACGAUGAGUUUUUUUUUUUUUUUUCCAUUUAGUUUGUACAUCUUGCUACCGAUAAGAAGAUUAGUCACAUAGGGCAAUAUGAAAAUGUUUUGAGCAUUCAAAGUACAGUUUGUUAGCGCAUUAUUCCGCUGAA